AUGACUCGGGUCUAUCCUGCGUUAUGGUUCAACGCGAUGGAUGCCAAUCUCGAUCACGUAGAAGGCGUUCCAACUCUGGCAGAAGGUGAGGACAUUGACUCGGUUAGCACAGACUUUGACGAGUCUGAGCCCUCUCCACCUGUUGUCGUCGAUCGGUAUGGUUUUAGCGGAGGCCAGCAAUACACAGACCCCAACAAUGAAUUCCUUCCCCCCAUUGAUGUCUUGCGUGCUCGUGAAAUGAAAUGGCUGAUGAUGUGUCGAAACUGGGACUACUGGUCUUCCACGGGUUUGAAGAAGCUUCGAGAACGUUGUCGCAAGGGCAUACCCGAUUCGAUGCGAGGUGAGGCCUGGCAAAGAUUGGUAGGCAGCGCAGUGACUAAAUAUCGUCAGGCUGGAAUCUACGUCGCUGAAUCUGUGGAGGAGCCACAAGUAGUUCCUGCUUCCCGAAAGUUCUUCCGCAGCGCUUCCCGCCUCAGUGGAUCUCGAAGUCUUCCUACGGUAGUCGCCAAUUCCCCCAAAACCAGCAGGAAUCCCAUUCUUGAUUCCCCGCACAAAGACCCCGUUCCUGCGAUGCCCACAGCCCUUCCUCCACCAGUCGCUCCAAGUCCCUCCACCUACCGUGACGCCCUCUCUCGUCGCAAGUCCUCCUCCACCCACUUCAAGUCCUUCCGCAAAUUCGGCUCCCUCUUCCGUCUUAACUCAACGAAGCUGGCUGAUCCGCCGAACCCACCGCAGCAACAGACGGGGGAGGUCGGUGACGAGACAGAUUCGUCCAACUUCUUCCAACAAGGCGAAGCUCUGGACGCCGAACGGGCUCGCACCUAC